AUGAUCACCGAGCUUGGAAAGUCGAUAACAAACACUUUGUCAAAUCUUUUAAGAUCGCGGGCCACAGACCAAGACAUCGAGGCGGCGAUAAAGGAGAUAUGCCAUUCGCUGAUUCUAUCGAAUGUAAAUCCAAGAUAUGUAAGCAACUUGAGAAACGAACUGAAGGCCCGGUUGGACCCAAGUGGGAUGGCGCCAGGACUUAACAAGGCAAGGGUAGUCCAGAAUGCAGUCUACGAAAAGCUAGUUGAUCUUCUGGAUCCAAAGGCCAAGGGCUACAAGAUCGAGAAGGGAAAGACAAGCAUUAUUGUGUUUGUGGGGCUGCAAGGGUCUGGAAAGACAACCAGCAUAUGCAAGUACGCCAACUUUUAUAAGAAAAAAGGAUUCAAGGUUGGGAUAGUGUGUGCAGACACGUUCAGGGCAGGGGCGUUUGACCAGGUUAGACAGAAUGCCUUGAAGAUCAAGGUUCCUUUUUUCGGAAGCUCAGAGGCAGAUCCUGUGAAGGUUGCAGGAGCGGGGGUAGAAAGAUUUAGGAGAGAGAGGUUUGAGGUUAUUCUUGUGGAUACCAGUGGGAGACAUACACAGGAAAGUGAGCUGUUUGUGGAGAUGAAAGAUAUCAUGAGAGAGGUAAGGCCAGACAGCAUUGUAUUUGUGAUGGAUGCGGGAAUAGGGCAGUCCGCAGAAGAUCAGGCUAUUGGAUUCAAGAAGGCAGUGAAUGUGGGAUCCAUAAUUUUGACAAAGAUUGAUGGGACAAACAAGGCAGGGGGAGCAAUAAGUUCUGUGGCAGCAACAGGAUGUCCGAUCGAGUUUGUAGGAAAUGGAGAGGGAAUGGAAGAUCUUGAGGUGUUUGACGCAAGAAGGUUUGUGUCGCGAAUGCUUGGAAUGGGAGAUGUGGAGGGACUGAUGGAAAAGGUCGAAAGCCUUGGGAUUGACGAAAAGGAGGUUGUAAGAAAGCUGAAGCAGGGGAAGUUUACUCUCGGAGACUUCUACGAUCAAUUCCAGAAGAUCCUGAGCCUCGGGCCGAUUUCCAAGCUGCUUGAAAUGAUGCCGGGCUUUUCGGGGCUUUCCCUACCUGACGAAGAGUCUUUUAAAAAGCUCAUCUAUAUAUUUGAUUCUCUGAGCCGCGGGGAGCUGGACUCCACAGGACAGAUGUUUGAGAAGGAGCCAAGUAGGAUUAUGAGGGUAGCCCGGGGAAGUGGGACAUCUGUCCAAGGAGUGGUUGAGAUUCUUACCCAGUUUAAGAAGGCCCAUGCAGUGAUGCAGAAGAUCAGUUCGAUUCCUGGAAUUGAGAGCAUGAUGGGGAAUCCAUCUUCGAUGAGCUUGACACAGAAAGCAAAGCUAAAGGAGCAGGCGAAGAAUAUCCUGCCAAAGGAUCUUCUUGACAAGAUGGCCUCGAUGUUUUGA